AUGAGGGCUCUGGUGACAGUGGUGUCCCUGUUCUUCCUGGGCGCCCAGGCCCAGCACGAGUGGACCUACUCAGAAGGUGGGCUGGAGGAAGAACAAUGGCCACUGGAGUACCCCAGCUGUGGGGGGCAGAAACAGUCGCCCAUUGACCUGCAGAGGAGGAAGGUGCAGUUCAACCCAUACUUGAAGCCACUGAACCUGACCGGUUACGGAGAGGAAGAUAUGGAGUUCCCCAUGAUCAACAAUGGCCACACAGUGCAGAUCACCCUGCCCCCCACCAUGAGCAUGACCGAUUCUGACGGCACCAGAUAUAUAGCCCUGCAGAUGCACUAUCACUGGGGCGGUGGGUCCUCAGAAGUCAGCGGCUCUGAGCACACCAUUGAUGGGAUCAGACGCGUGAUUGAGAUUCACUUUGUUCACUAUAAUGCUAAGUACGCAAACUAUGAUGAAGCCAAGGACAAAUCCGAUGGUUUGGCUGUACUGGCGGCCUUUGUUGAGAUCCAGGAUUAUGCUGAAAACACGUACUACAGCUCCUUUAUUUCUGAGUUGGCCAACAUCCAGUAUCCAGGACAAACCACAACUUUGAAUGGCAUCGACAUUCAGGACAUGCUGCCUGGGGACCUCUACCACUACUACACGUACAGUGGCUCACUCACCACUCCCCCCUGCACAGAGAAUGUCAAGUGGUUUGUGCUGGAAGAUUCUAUCAAGCUCUCCAGGACCCAGGUUUUGAAAAUAGAGAACUCUGUAAAGAAUCACAACAACGAGACCCUCCAUAAUGGUUACCGCAAGACUCAGCCCCUCCACCAGAGGGUCGUGGAAGCCAACUUCCUGUACUUUCCUAAUAAGCGUGAGUGA